AUGGCGGAGGCAAACCGCCCAGGCAGCCAGGCGGAGGGCACGAAUGCGCCCCCCGGGCACGGCCAAAGGGAAGUGGGCCCAGGAGCGCAGGCCCCCGGCGGCAGCCAGGCGGCUCCUCUCCAUGCCGCCAGUGGAAGUGCAGGUCGCAAUCUGAAGGAGUGGUUGAAGGAGCAGUUCUGUGACCAUGCCAUUGAGCAUUGUGAGGACACCCGACUCCAUGAUGCUGCCUAUGUGGGGGACUUGCAGACCAUUAGAAGCUUGUUGCAGGAAGAGAGCUUCCAAAGCCGCAUCAAUGAGAAAUCUGUGUGGUGUUGUGGUUGGUUGCCUUGUACGCCACUGCGGAUUGCUGCCACAGCCGGGCACGGGAACUGUGUGGAAUUCCUGCUUCGGAAAGGGGCGGAGAUUGAUCUUGUGGAUGUGAAAGGACAAACCGCCCUGUAUGUCGCUGUCGUGCAUGGGCACCUGGAAUGUGCACAGAUCCUCCUGGAAGCUGGCGCUGAUCCCAACGGCAGCCACCACCACCGCAGCACCCCAGUGUAUCAUGCUGCCCGGGUAGGCAGGGCAGACAUCCUGAGGGAACUGAUCAAGUAUGGCGCCGAUGUGGAUGUUAAUCACCAUUUGACCUCUGGAAUACCUAACCCAUCUUCCCGACCGCUCACAUCCCUAGUGGUCUGCCCGUUGUAUAUCAGCGCAGCCUAUCAUAACCUGCCAUGCUUCAAACUGCUUCUGCAAGCAGGAGCCAAUCCAGAUUUUAACUCCUGUGGCCCUGUGAACAUCCAACGGUUCUCCAGGGGCUCUGCCGUGUGUGUGCUGGACGCAGUCUUGCGCCAUGGCUGUGAUGUGGCCUUCGUCAGCCUCUUGAUUGACUUUGGUGCGAACCUGAAUCUGGUGAAAUGGGAGACUCUGGGAGAAGGAGUGACGGGAAGAAUCAAAGUAAACCCGGAAGCCAUGCAGGUGUUCAGAGAAGCCAAGAGCUGCCCUAGAAGUUUGAUGUCUUUGUGCCGUGUAGCUGUGCGGAGGGUCCUUGGCAAAUACCGUCUGCAGCUGAUACACACACUCCCGGUCCCAGACCCUAUCACAAAAUUUUUACUUCAUGAACAACAAGUACAGUUUGUACAUCAGAAGCCUGCGUACGUUGAGUGUUGGGCUGAGGCUCCUGUACAAAUGAAAUCUUGAAUCUAUGAAAGAUGGGGGUGGGACCAGGCCAUUGCUGAUAUGAGCCUGGACCUUCCUCCAAACAGGUCCCAAACAGAGCUUACCUGCACGAUGGACCGUUAAGCAAAAGAAGGUAUCAACACAACUAGACCAUAUAAAAGGGACAAUGAAGGAUGGACAAUUGCAGAUUAAAUAAGUAAGUGUGAAUGAAAGUGAUUUUGCAAUAUGAUAAAAACACAGGCAUAGACUGAGGAGUACGUAUCUUUAUUUAAAGUGGAAUGUGCAGCCAUCCACACGGUCUAUAAAUUCUUCAUAUAACCAUGCAACUGAGGAGAAGUAGCCGAUGUUAAACAAGCGCCUCUAGUUACUCAAGGGCUCUUCUUCAUUUUAACUUGCUUCAUCCUUAGAGCGAUUUUGUCAUUUUUGUAAAACAGGCAAGGAAGUAAACUAAUAGGUAUUUAUUUUAGAAUAACAGUUCAUGAAAAGAAAGGCCCUAAAGGAGGCAAAUAUUAGCAGUCUGUCAAUAUAACCUUUUUCCCCCUUUCUUUCUUAGUGUAGCUCAUAUAGGGCUAUCUAUAGCUUACAGAUCACUGUGACCUUCUCUUUGUGCUCAGAGACUAACCCAACUCUUAUCAAUAAAUAUGAGCUGUAUUCUCUUCCUCCUCCGGAGAUACGGACACAUUGCAUUUUGCCCCAUGGUGGUCUUGGGGCAAAGCUUGACAUUUUCAAAUGUUGGAUGUUCUGGUAUUGCAAAAUAAUGUUUUAACGUUUGAGGUUAAGCAAGAGCCGUUAAUUGCCAAUGGGUAACAGUUGCUAACUACCUGUAGGAACGGACUUCUGCUGAUUUACUUGCUUUGUGGCUACUUCCAUAAAAGGAAUUCAGCCGAGAUAACU